UUAUCAUGUGUUCGCCAGUUUGCCCAAACAAACCACCUCAUUUGAGCUAUAUACGGAAAGUGGAAACAGCUCGAGUUUCGUGGUCAGACAUUGCGCUGUGCGGUUUCAGCCUCUGAAAGGACUCUGACUAAAUUCGAAAGUAUUCCCUGACAGUUAAAGCUUCCUUCUUGAAAUUCUUCCCCUUGAACAGAAUCGAAACAGAUACAGUUCUUCUAAGCCAACAGUAACCUACUUCGACACAUUUCUCGAUCUAAGCCUCAUCUACAGAGUAAUUCGAAGCAUUGAUCGAGUUUCACACGUUCUAAAGUCUUCUCCGAACAACGUAAAAUAGAAGCUAUUGUUUGCGGUCGUAUUAUUGUUGAAGUUGAAGAAUGCGGGUAAAGGAAAUGAUGAAUAGAAUCGUGAUCUUGAUGGUAACACUGUUUGUAACCAGGCUCCCCAUCGUGACAGCUAACGUUUCGUGUUUCUGCAAUUCCCCGUCGUGCCCGCAGGCUUUGUGUCAAUCAAGUCAGCAGUGUUUUAGCGGACUAUUAAGGAGAGUGAAGGCUGAUGGGAACGUUUCCACGAGUGUUUCGUACGGCUGUAUUGAGACGCUAAGUCCCAGUCUCUCUUGUUUAAACUCGUCGCUUUUGAUAUGCUGUGAUAAGGACCUGUGUAACAUGCCAAACAUGUUGAGAAAAAUAACCAAAACUCUUCAAAACAGAGCCCAGGUGGACACCAAGGAGCAUGCGUUUAACGAUGAUCAAGAAGACGUAGAGCCUGUCUCCAACAAAUGUACGGAAUCAACGCCUGCGAUGCAAGUGGCCAGUGUAGUCGCGCCAAGUGUGUUAAUUCUGACUGUAAUUCUCUUAUCUCUGGGGAUUUUUUACAAAAUAGCGCGCUAUCAGAAGAUCCGAAUCAGUCAAUUAAAGAGAGGCUUUAAACACAAGGCGUCAAGAGAAGGAUUGAUAAAAAAAGUACAAGAAUUAAAAGGAUGUGGUUUGUUAGUGAGGCAGAACGUUCCGGAAGUCUUUCAGACGACAGCUGUUAUUAGCAGGAGCUGUUCUGAAAGUGAUUAUCGUGUAUUGCUGUCCAGUCCCCACAACGUGUAAAGAUAUCACAAGGGCCUGGAACAGACUUUUCAAUUUGUUUAUUUAAAUUUAAAGAAAUCGUCGUUUACGCCUUUUACCGCAAAGUGUAAUUUAUUCCCUCUGAACUGAUAGUCCAAAUCAGGUUCAUUUGGCCAUUUUAAAAAUUUUGAGGUUUAUCAACUAAAUGACUUUUAUUACAUCUUUGGACUUUGUAUGACCUUGUCGAUCAGAAAAAAAAAGUGGCCACGAUGCGAAGCAGAUGGCAGAAACGAAUGGGAAAUAUGAGGAUUCAAUGGCAAGUUUCAAAUUUCAAAAGAUUUACAUGCUGGAGGGAAAGCAAACAUUUUUACUCAGUGGUACGUGAAGAGUUGGCUCCAAGAAACUGUCAUUUAAAAGGUUUGAGAUUCCGUCUCUCUGGCAAUAUUUAGCAAUUCAGGCGCCAGCCACGGAAGGAGAGUUCGUGGGUCAGACUAAUAUCCUAGAUAACAAAACACACCAAAAGAGUGAAAUACUGUUUAUUAAUUAUAAAAAAACUUGAAUAUUACACAAAUGCAACUGGGAUAAAUUCAGUUACGUCAACAUGGACUUCACCGAUAUUUCGCCAAGAGAUUCAAUCUGUCUCUAGUUAACAGUUUAUCACGAGAAUCUAAAGUUUCGAUCUAACGUGAAAAAUAUUUGAAUGGUAAAAAAGUGGUCAAUUAAUUAAUAAUAGAUUCCAUUUGAAAAUUUUAUAAGGGAAAAUUGCGGACAAAAGUACCGUAUGCAACGUUUUUAAAACGUUUGAAACGUUUUUCUACCGAAUAAGUUAUGAUAUUUAUUAAAAGAUAAAUCGUGGAACGAGACUGUACUUCACAGUUUGAAUAGAUAACUUUAAUAUUCUGCAAUUGUUUGGAAGGAAUUAAAAACAGAAGUUAAUUAAUAAUUGCUCUAGUGAUGAUAAGACGUACUGUCCGUCAGUA